CACGCCCUGUGCGUCACCGCGCAGAGUGGAGGAGUGGAAGUCUCUACUUCUCUUUCUCCCUGUCCCGCCACCACCUUCACUUCACCGUCUCAUCAGCUCAGAGGAAACAUGUUCAUGAGCUCGACACGAAGCCUGUCGCAACCUCCGGUCUCCUGACGCGCCGCGGCACACACUGCGCUCCACUCCUCCGCAGAAAAUGGAGAACCAGAGCUGUCAUUACAAUGAGACCAUGCGGUUCUUCUACAAUAAUAGUGACGAUGAAUGGGCCAGAAAGCCGAACCAGUUGAUUCUGGUGCAGGUGGUGGGCUCGCUCUUCUGCUGUUUCAUCCUGUUUUCCAACUCCAUGGUCAUAGCCGCUGUCAUCACCAACAAGAAGUUCCACUACCCGUUCUACUAUCUCCUCUCCAACCUCGCCGCCUCAGACUUCCUGGCGGGCAUCGCGUACGUGUACCUCAUGUUCAACACCGGGAAGGUCUCGCGGAAUUUGACAGUCAAAGAAUACUUCUUCCGCCAGGGUCUGCUGGACGUCAGCCUCUCGGCCUCGCUGGCUAACCUGCUGGUUAUAGCUCUGGAGCGCUACAUCUCCGUCAUGGCCUUUAAGGUCCACAGCAACCUGACGAAGAGGAGGGUGACCCUGCUCAUCGUGCUCGUGUGGGGCAUCUCCAUUUUCAUGGGGGCCGUGCCGAGUCUGGGCUGGAACUGCAUCUGCAACCUGGAAAGCUGCUCCAAGCUGGCGCCGAUCUUCAGCCGGAGCUACCUGAUCUUCUGGUCCAUGUCCAACCUGGUGGUGUUCCUCGUCAUGGUGGCCAUCUACAUGAGGAUCUACGGCUACGUCAAGAGGAAGACAUCGAUGCUCACGCCUCACACCAGCGGCUCCAUCAACCGCAAGAGGACACCGAUAAAGCUUAUCAAGACGGUUAUGGUCGUGCUUGGGGCCUUUGUGAUUUGCUGGACCCCCGGCCUGGUUGUCCUGCUGCUUGACGGCAUUAACUGCGAUAGCUGCGAUGUCAUGAAACUGAAACCCUGGCUGCUGCUGUUGGCCGUACUCAACUCCGUCAUGAACCCCUGCAUCUACUCCUACAAGGACGAGGAGAUGUGGACCACCUUCAAGAACCUCCUGCGCUGCAUCGGAAACGGGACCCGGCGGCAGCGCUCCACGAAGGCCAACGCCCGGCCGCUCAGCUCCGCUCAGGACACGGGCAACAGUCAGCCACCGUCGGAGGAGAUCAAGAAUGAGGAUCAGGGAAUACUCGAGACCUGAAUAAAAUGGAACUUGUGAGGAGAUUUUCUUCUGGCCAGCGUUGGCUGGACGUACCUUUCAUGAAGAUUAAGAUUGGAGAUGACUUGAAAGAGGAACAAACACACUUUCUCUCCAAUGUUGCCCACAGAUUAGAAAUACUGAUCUUGAAGAGACGCUGCAGGUUAACUGUUCUAGAUUCCGAGGCUGGGGGGUGAGAUGGAGAUAAGAGACUUAAAUGCACUAAUAAUAACUAACAAUGGAUGCAAGGAUGUGCUUUGAUUGUUUUUUUUUCCAGUUUUGUAUUUCCACUUUUUGAUCAUGACUCCCAUUUCCAUAUAAUGAGAGAUGGCUGAUGCAUUAUCCAUCCUUUUUUGGAGGCUCCCUCCUCCUCACCCCUGUGGCUUAUUUAAACAUGGAUGAUACUAUGCUGCAAUGACUGAAGAGCGAGGCCACUAUAACGGCACAUACAUUUCUACUUUUACCUCAAAAUAGGGUCAAACGAGUGAUAUGUAAUGUUCUGUAAAAAAUAAAUGGUUGUCUCUUCAACAGUUGAACAAUACUCAAAUUAUCCCCUUGUUUAUAGGCGGGUACUAUAAUGUUUUUAGGUUUUCCUGAAUAUGGCAUGGUUUCCUUUUUUAAAACACCCAGUGAGAAUUGCUGUAAACUGCUGCACUGAAUGCAUCGACUUUUAUUUAAUUUCAGCUGUGGGAUGAUGAGCAUGCUGAUUAUUUUUAUAGCCAUUUAAUCCCCCAUUGGUUUGUGAGGCGGUUUUGCCUUUGGGGAAGAGCUAACAGCGUCACUCCUCUCUGAGCCCGGCUCUCCUCUUCUUGCGCUUUUAUCAGCUCACCUCAAUCAACAGAUAAACUCUAACCUGCAGCACUGCGGGGCAGGCAAACUUGUUCACCCUGUAGCAUUGUCACACAUCCGCCUCAGCCGCCUAAACUCACUGGUGCUGCUCUGACGAAACAGCUGCUCGCCACGAGAGUCGAGGGAUUGUAAAAAAUGACGUUGCGACACACUGGAUUCCUGCUGAAGGUUCAGCAUAUACACUGUGUGUCCGUACAGGAACUGAAGAGCAUACGACUGAACGCUGCUCCUGCUGUGACGCCAUUGAAGCCUUUCUUUGGGGGGGGGGGGGUGUAGGAGGCCACAUAUGAGCGAUUUGUGUGUGGAAAGGUUUACAGCUUCAGUGGUGUUUCUUUAUUGAACUGAGGUUACUCAUGAUAAUUUCCUGUGUGACUGUGUCUUUUAUGUGUUUUAUCUGUUUAAAUUCACGAAAGUGACCUUGCUAAACAAUUUUAGUUUCGAAACCACAACAUGUACGAUGUGUCUGUUUUCGCUUGAUGAAAUAACACGAUAGAGAAACAGCUGCAGCACAGAGAUUAGUUUCACGACAGCGCUUAUAUUGACUUUUACUGUGUAGUUAUCUAAUGUGAACAUCAGGUUGAAUGAUUCACAAGUUCAGGGUCAAAUGAUAUGUAUUUAAAUAUAUAUAAUGUGUUAUUAUACUGUUUCAUAUAAUAGUGUAUAGUAAUAUCCAGAUUGUGACUUAAUCCACAACUUUUAUUAUAUUUUCUGGUUUUUACUAAGCUCGACAUGUUUAACCUCUGCAGCAGGGGGGCUCAUGGUCUGUGUCGGUCAGUUCUUUGACCAGACCUCCUCUAUGUUCCAAACGGAAAUGUCGCCACUACUUUUGGAUGGUUGGUCAUUUACAGACAUUCAUGGUCCACAGAGGAUGAAUCCUUCUGAUGGUAGCAAACCCCUAAUGUAUCAUUUAACACCUCCAGCAAGUCAGUGUUUUCACUGGUCUGAUGAAAUGGCUCAACUUCUGUUAGAAACUUAGCUAAAGAGAAAAUAUACUAUGGUUGCCAACUCUCAGUAUAGCACCACAGUGUGUUUGAUAUUUGUGGAUUUGACCAGAAAAAAAUUGGCAAAGACGUUCAUGUCCUUCUCAACAUGAAUUGAAUGGACCUAUUGUCAUCGUCUGGUUAUUUGAAUCCGUACUUUACUUUAUAAUCAGUUACAAUCAGCCUGUGCUGUGUUUAGCGCUAAUUAUCAUUCUAAUGUAAUAUGAUCUUGAACAUGGAAUUGUAUGAUGCUGUUUGCACAACAAUGCAAACAACGUCAGUGCUAGCGUCUUAGCCUGCACAAGCUUUUUUGCAGCUUCACAAAGCUGUUAGAGCGGCUGCCUCUUUCGAAAAUGUCGAACACACCACCCACUUGGCACCUGACGGCAACCAAACCAGCCCAUAAUGUUACCUGCAAAUCCUGUUUGACACACCGAGUCCCCUCCAUUUUAAAGAAAGAACUGGCAGUAACAGAUAUUUGGUAUAAGCCUAAAUUCUCCAAUGUCGGUGCACUAACCAAAGAAACCGUGAAAUCAUUAUCCGACACUGCUAUUACAUGACUUGCUUUGUGUUGAGUAAAUGAUGACGUCCCACUGCCUGAGUGUUCCGACGUUCUCGAGGAGCCACUUCAGGAUGAUUUACCCUUUUGAGGCCUGUUGAUGAAUGACCUUUACUUUCAAAUGACCCCUGUCUCCGACUGGACAAAGCUCCAGAGGAAAAAUAAUCAACUCUGAAGUGGGAGGAUCAGGAUUUUCCACUUAAUUAGGCGGCAAACCACUUGCAUCAGUGCAAGUGCCCCCCCAUCCCACCUGCCAAAUAAAAGCUUUCUCCGCUAAACCUGACACUAUUUGGUGUACAGGAAAUAAAUCAAUAAAGUCUUGUUCUGUAAACAUUAAAGAAAAAGCCUUUA